GUCACAACAGCCUACAAUCCUCGUCACAAUGGUCGGAUCGAGAGGAUGCACAGAUCCCUGAAAAACUCGAUCAGGUCUCGCCUGGAUGGACGCACGAACUGGCUUAGCGAACUCCCAUGGGCCCUCCUUGGCAUCCGAAAUGCCCCAAACACGGACACGGGUGUUUCCCCAGCCGAACUAGUUUUUGGCGAACGCCUAAAUCAGCCAGGAGAGCCCGACAACAAGAUCAUCGAAACCGAACAGAACACCUUCGCCAACCUCUUAAAAACGGCGAUCGCAGCGCAAACACCGAAAAGGCCGGAAUGGCAUAAAGGACGUCCAAACUCUUACGUUCCAAAAGAACUUGACAAGUGCGAAAAGGUUCUAGUGAGGCGCGACCGUGUGCAACCGGGCCUCCGCCCAAAGUACGACGGACCUUUCACAGUCAAAGAGCGUCACAACAAAUUUUUCCGAAUCCAGAUCGACGACAACGACGAAAACAUCGGGAUAGAUAGACUGAAACCUUUUUUUCAAUAA